UUGUAUAAGUAGAUAUUUAAUGUUUAUAUAUUUAGUAAGGCGGUGCAACAUUAUAGGUAUCUCCUUUAUUGACUCUUAUCUCUAGAUACGAAGAUCAGUAUGAAGAUCCCCGUUGUAUUAUUGGUGUUGGUGGCGGCGGCGCUCGCUCUGGACGAUAUAGAACAAGAGUGGGCCGCGUAUAAGGCGAAGCACAACAAAAAGUACUCCGGGAAAGAGGACCUCUUCCGUAAGGAGUUGUUUGUGAAGACCAAGCAGAUCGUCGAGGAGCACAACAAGAAACACGCAGCCGGCCUCGUCACCUACACCCGCGCGGUCAACCAGUUCGCAGAUCUCACGCCGGAGGAGUCGCGACGAUACCUCUCCUGCCUCAGCGGGACAGGGACCCGGAACGGAACGUGGGCGAGUCACGUGCGGGCGGCGGGCGCGGCGGUGGCGGACGAGGUGGACUGGCGGGCGAAGGGCGCCGUCACCCGCGUCAAGUACCAGGGGAUGUGCGGCUCGUGCUGGGCCUUCAGCGCUAUCGGCGCCCUCGAGGGUCUGAAUUUCCUGAAGCACGGCAAGCUGGUGGAGCUGUCGGAGCAGAAUCUGGUCGACUGUGACAGGCAUGAUAAGGGGUGCCACGGUGGGUUUCCGUCCCGGGCCUACCAUUACAUUAUAGAACAGAACGGCGUCGACACGGAGGCCAGCUACCCUUACGACUCCGCGGGCGGCCACGUCUCCCAGUGCCGAUACAAGGCGGACGCAGUCGGCGCGCGGGUGGCCAGCGUGGUGGGAAUCAAGCAGGGCAGCGAGGAGGAGCUCCAACACGCGGUCGCCACCGUCGGCCCCAUCUCCGUCGCCAUCGACGCCGGCCAAAUAAGUUUCCACCAGUACGGCGGCGGCGUAUACUACGACGAAAACUGCUCCGAACGGAAACUCACCCACGCCGUGACGCUGGUCGGCUUCGGCACCCAGGCCGGCCAGGACUACUGGCUCGUCAAGAACUCCUGGGACGAGACUUGGGGCGAGCGGGGGUACGUCAAGAUGGCGCGCAACAGGAACAAUCAGUGCGGCAUCGCCACUCUAGCCGUGUACCCGAUCGUCGUGUAGACGCACCCGCGUACGCACACUGCGGGCGCGCACGCACUGUGCGGACGCGUGCACGCUCAUUGCCAAUAAAAUAUUAACUUGAAUCGAUUACUUAA